CAUGGUUCUCACUCUCACCCAUCACAUAGUUCACACUCUCACCCAUCACAUAGUCCUCACUCUCACCCAUCACAUAGUUCUCACUCUCACCCAUCACAUGGUUCUCACUCUCACCCAUCACAUGGUUCUCACUCUCACCCAUCACAUGGUUCUCACUCUCACCCAUCACAUGGUUCUCACUCUCACCCAUCACAUGGUUCUCACUCUCACCCAUCACAUGGUUCUCACUCUCACCCAUCACAUAGUUCACACUCUCACCCAUCACAUAGUUCACACUCUCACCCAUCACAUGGUUCUCACUCUCACCCAUCACAUGGUUCUCACUCUCACCCAUCACAUAGUUCACACUCUCACCCAUCACAUGGUUCUCACUCUCACCCAUCACAUAGUUCACACUCUCACCCAUCACAUAGUUCACACUCUCACCCAUCACAUGGUUCUCACUCUCACCCAUCACAUAGUUCACACUCUCACCCAUCACAUAGUUCACACUCUCACCCAUCACAUGGUUCUCACUCUCACCCAUCACAUGGUUCUCACUCUCACCCAUCACAUAGUUCACACUCUCACCCAUCACAUGGUUCUCACUCUCACCCAUCACAUAGUUCACACUCUCACCCAUCACAUAGUUCACACUCUCACCCAUCACAUGUUCUCACUCUCAUUCACCACAUGGUUCUCACUCUAACACCUUAUAUUAUUCUCACUUAUCACUGA